AUGUCUGACGCACCAAGACCGAAAGCGACUGUCUAUGUCGGAGGUCUGACCUCUGCUGUCGACACCCAUACUCUGCACAACGCUUUCAUACCAUUCGGCCCAAUCGUCAAUAUUUCACUGCCAAAGCCAGAACUACCAUCAAAUCCCGAACCUCACCGUGGCUUCGGAUAUGUCGAAUUUGAGAGUCCUCAAGAUGCUCAAGAAUCGAUCGACAACAUGGAUCAAAGCGAACUUUUCGGCCGUGUCAUCAAGGUCAACCUAGCCAAAGAGCAAAAAGCCGAAGGAGAAGGCUUGGGAAGCAAGACUGCUAUUUGGGAGCAAGAGGGCUAUCUCGCAAAGCACGCAGUUAGCGAUGAGGAUCGCAUGGCUGCACAGGGAGACGAAAAUGGUCACGACGGCCCAAUGGAUCCCAUGCAAGGCCUGGAGGGUCUUGAUGUUGCUGGCCCUCAGCAAGCCUAA